AUGUCCGACUACGAUGAUGACGAGCCUCAAGGUGUUGUGAUGCGUGUUAAGAACACGGCACUACUCCCUCUCCGUAUCGCCGUUUCCAAACCAGCCCAGCGCGCAUACCUCACAUCCGUCCUCUUCUUCAGCACCUGCUUCUUCCUCCUCCUCGUCUCAAUCGCCGCCUAUGCCGCUUUCUACUGGACCUACAUCCCUCGCAUUGGCUUCAGCCGUCCCAUCCAUCUCCAAUUCGAUAGCCUUGAAUCACCGCCAUGGGGUGUUGCGAAUCUAGCCCCGGAGCUGGUUAGUAGCCAGCCGUACGACAUCAAGAUUCAGAUCCGUCUGCCACGCACAAAAACAAACACCGAGAUCGGCAAUUUCAUGGUCGAGACUACCCUCUACGCACCUGGUGAAAAGGGCUCCGUCAUAGAAGAUACCCGCAUGCCUGUUGCAAAGAACCCCGACACUUCAAAGAUUCUUGCUAGCUCGAGAAGAUCAGCUAUCUUGACAUACUACUCACCUGUCGUCGAUCUCGCUCGUAAGGCUACCGAGCUGCACUGGCUUAUCCUGGGAUGGCGGCUUGAAGCGGAGACUUUGGACAUUCCGGUCUUCAACGGCGUCCAAUUCGCAAAGGGAUGGAGGAAUGUGCCUGAUACCAUGCAAAUUCAGGUUCAGAGUUCUGCUCGCAUGCAAAUCUACGAGGCCAAUGUCAUCUUCAAGGCUCGCUUCCAAGGUCUGAGGUGGAUUAUGUACAAUCAUCGCAUCACCAGCGCUGCUGUUUUCAUCGGCGCUUUUUGGGGUACUGAAGUUCUCUUUACUGCCAUAUGCUGGGCUGUCUUGAGUGUCUGGAUCUUCUCGUCAGGCGAUGAUACUACAGUCAAAACAGAAGAGAUGGACGCCCCGCGCAUCAAGGCGGAGGACUCGGAUUUUGAGGAUCCGGCUAGGCUGUCAGACACGGAGAGAACUUACCCUAGCUAUAGCAAGGGUGCGACAAUGCGCUACAACUCUCCGGCCAUCAAGAAGGAGGAAACAGAGCCUGAGCCAUUUCCACAGCUCUUACCGGCUGCAUUGGAAGCUGAUGAUGAAGACGAGAGCGACGACUUCUUUGACUCUGGUCUCGGUACUAGUCUCGAGAGCAGCACUGGGCACGGUAGCUCUAAAGAAGCUCUACGCAAGAGAAAGACCAAGAAAUGA